AUGUGUUCUUCUGGAAAACUUUUUGGUUUGUUCUUUCCUCUCCUUGUUUUCUGUGUAAUGACUGAGGCCAGUCGUGGGGCUGUAGCAAUCCACAUAGCCAAUGUGCCUCAGGAGCAAACCCUCAUGAAUGUCCCAAUGAAUCAAGUCAUGGCUGACGAAUCAUCCGAAACAGUCGAAUCAUCCGAAACGUCCGAAUCAUCCGAAACAUCCGAAUCAUCCGAAGUAUCAGCCGAAUCAUCCGAGACAGACGGAUUAACCGAAAUGGCCGAAGUCGAAACGGGAGUCGAAACAAAUACGGACACUGCUGCCAAUAACGCUGGCCUCAUGAACCCAGCAGUACCGAUUCCUGUCCGGAGCGGGAGCAAAGUUGGCGGGAAUCUUGCUAUUGUUUUCGGUGUUUUGGGGCUGGUUGCUGUGGUAGUCGUAGGAGCUUUCUUUGUUCUUCGCAGACAAAGGCGCUCUUACGUUUUAGCAAGAUAUGAAGAACAGCAACUGAUGAUGGAGAAAUCGUAA